GCCACACCGGAUCAUCCUACCCAGCGCCGAGGGAUCCUGGUCAGUUACUCACCAUACUCAGGGGUGCAGUAUUGUGUGUCACUGACGAACCGUAAGUGACUGGUCCUGGACUGUUUAGAUUCGGUGCUGUGAUAUUGCAGUUAGCGUUAGACUGCGAAGUGUUUAGGAGAGACAGGAUAAUACAGUAAGCGAGGGUAGUAGUAUUACUGUUACGUAUUGGGUAUGUACCGAGGUUAACCAGUAGAUGGUAGUACUGUUAUAUGAUUGAUGAUUAGAGAUCGUAUAACGUGGUUGUAUUUCUGUUAUUUAGCUGAACAUGUCUCUAUGUUCUUAUUGUUUUAGUUAUCUAUAUAAUAUUAUUUCCUUCCUUAGACCACAUGCACACCCUGUCUACAACUAAGUCAUUGCACCUGUAACAGCCAAUGGCCAGCCUGUGUUAACUCCAGUGCAAUACCUAAUUGAAUGCAGUAAAGUUUGGAACUGCAUCUGCCUUCCCUGGUGUUCUUACCGACACCCCCAGAGAGCUGCUACCUUGCCGGUACCUUCCUCACACAGUCCUAGCUUCUAACACUUUAAUAGCGACCUUCUUAAACCUGGUUGCUCUGUGAACACAGGGUGAGAAUGAGCCAAGGAUCCUGACCUUCGCCAGGUGCACUUCCUUGGAAUUCUGAACGUACGAGAACCAUUUUACUGGCUCCCAGACACAGGCUUUGUAAACAUGCCCCCAGUGGUCUUUACGUAACACAAUCGCGCUGAGCUUUCACCUUUGUGUUGUAUUUUGCAUUACAAUGGGCAUCUCGAUAAAGGCCCGAUAUUGCCUUAAAUAGAACACGUCACCUUAGCUCUGCACUACAAACGCCUCAGCAGGACGCAGUGCUGAAGAAGCUCAGGUGACUUCAGAAAGGAGAAGCCAUGGAUUUGGUCACCUUGAUGAAGGCAUCGAGUUCUCUCCCACUGCCCUUCCUUGUGCUACCUUUCCUGGGGAGCAUUUAUGCUGACCUCCCCUACCCUCCCACUGCCCCCCCGCUGUUUGAGAGCUACCCUUAUGGUGUCAUAUGGAACAUUCAAACUCCUGUUUGCAAGAAGAACAACAUCCCGCUGGACACCUCGCCAUUCCAGGCCAUUACCACCCCAGAGGCUGUUCCUGACCAGUUCCUCUUCCUGUUCUACAUCAAUCAGCUGGGGCUGUACCCUUUCCUGGAUGAGGACUUUAAUAUUGAGAUCAAUGGGGGCAUCCCGCAGAAGGGGAACCUGACGGCCAGUUUGGAAGUCGCCCAGGUGGACGUCGCCCAUUAUAUACCUUCAGAGACCAUCACUGGCCUGGCUGUCAUUGACUGGGAUGCCUGGAACCCCCUGUGGGACAGAAACUGGGGCUCUAAGUCUGUCUACCGCACGUUGUCUAUCGACUAUGCCUAUCAGCUUGACCCUUCACUUUCGCCAACUCAAGCCAAGCUUGUGGCCAAGGAGCAAUUCCAGACAGCUGCCAAAAACUACAUGGAGGAUACAAUGGGUCUGGGGAUCAAGAUGAGGCCUAAUUACCUCUGGGGCUUCUACCUCUUCCCUGAAUGCUAUAACUAUGGCUGGGAUGGUACUGAUUACACAGGAGAGUGCCCCAAGUGGGCACAGACUGGCAAUAACCAGCUCCUAUGGCUGUGGCAGAAUAGCACAGCCCUCUACCCCUCUGUCUACCUACAGACCAGUCUGGGCAGCAGCCACAAGGCUGCUCUGUACGUACGCAACCAAGUUCACGAGGCCAUGAGGGUGGCCAGCCUGCCUAAGCACCCCUUCAAUGUCCCCAUCUACGUCUACACCCAUCCUGUCUUUGCCAAUCAAGCCAACAAAUUCUUGAGUGUGGAGGACCUGAUCCAUACUCUGGGUGAGAAUGCGGCUGUAGGGGCCUCAGGUUCAGUGCUUUGGGGGGGCGUCACAGACUUCAAUGAUGAGGCAUCAUGCGAGGCCUUGUCCUCCUACCUGACCUCCACCCUGAACCCCUACAUCGCCAACGUGACGGCGGCUUCCAGGCUCUGCAGCGAGUCACUCUGCCAGGGUAACGGCCGCUGCAUCCGGAAGGACUACAACUCUGACGUCUACCUGCACCUGAACCCUGCCGGCUUCUCUGUCCGAAAAUCCAGCGGGAAGUACAUGGCGGUGGGCGUUCCCACCCUCUCUGACCUCACCUACUUCUCCGAUCACUUCACCUGCCAGUGCUACGCUGGGCUGAGCUGCUCGCCCCAGAUAGCGAGCGAGCUCCCCGUGGAACCCAUGGUUAUUCCGGUGUAACACAGCCCUUCAGUAUGCUGUAGCUCCACUACCCUUUAAAAACGUUUGAUCACCUUGCUGGGUCAUUUAUUCAUUUGCUGUUUGUAUGGCAUGUGUUUCUCCUUUGUAAAUUAGGUUCAAUCAAGGACAAAGGAAUUAGGAGUGUUGGGGGGGGGUCUAAAAAAUGGUUUGUAGAUCUAAGAUGGGGCCUCCUGACACCCAGACGGUGAUGCACAAAGGUGAGAGAAGAUUGCUGGAAUGGGAAGACAGGCAUAUCUGUUAAGAGGAGGGGGACACCAGUGGCAAUAAUAGCAUUUUGUUAUGGAGUGGUGAAAAGACGAUCUAUGUGACUCUCAGAAAAAGAUAAGAAUCUUUAUUGUCAUUGUCACUUGACAACGAAAUUGAGAAAGU